GACAUAAUAUUUUCAGCUUGGCAAGUUUGUAUCGUAACUUCUUAAGUAUUCAUACAGAAAAUGUAACGAGUUAUAGAAAAAAAAAAAAAUAAUAAAAAAAUAAUAUGAAAAAUAGUGUUGUUUUCGUAUAAAAUUACUCUCUUAUAAAAAUAUGAAAAAAUAAUGAACUGUCAUCAAAUAUUAAGCGGGGCUUGCAAUGCAGGAGAUCGUUGUUUCGCCAUUGGCUCAGUAGAAGGGAUCCCAUUUACUGCUUAUGCAGCUGGCUGCAAUAUCGUUAUAUUGGCGAGCACUUUUGAACGCGUACAGAUUAUACCAGGUGCUAUUCACGGUUAUGUAAAGAUAUCGGCCCUUGAUUGCAGCACGGACACUGGAAAAAUUGCAGCGGCUUAUGAAAAUAAAAUAUGUAUAUUUGAACCAACGCCAGUAUUACAAGCUGAAAAGCAUUGCACUCAUUUCCUAGAUUAUAGAUGGGUACAAACGGGAUCUUUCACGAGUCAUUCUAUUGUUAUAACGCUAUCGUGGAAUUUAGAAGGUACACGUCUACUUACAGGGGGAUCCACAAUCCAAUUAUGGAAAGAAAAACCUAGUCAAUAUCCCAAUCCAGAAAAUGGGGUUAAAUUUGUUAUUGGAGGAGAUAAGGAGAACAAAAACUCUGCUACCGAAUCUGCUGAAGAUGGAGUUUCUUGGGAAAAUAUUUGGUCGUGUCAAACAGCCAUACCAAUUUAUCAUAUGGCUUUCAGUCCAGACGGUACAUUAUUUGCGACAUGUGGUAGAAACGAUAGGCUCGUGAAAAUUUGGUACGAAAAUAAACAAAUUCUGUUUCCAUCGAAAAAUCCAAACCUAAAUGCUUUGAAAGAAGAUGAGCUAAAUUUCACUUACGUGUAUAUUGCUCACCCUCGAGCUGUCUCUAAUAUAAUUUGGCGAAAGACGAGCAAGUAUAUGCCAAAGGGAUCCGUUUCAAACAUGUUAGUGACUUCGUGCCUGGAUAAUAUAUGCCGCGUCUGGAUUGAGACAAUUUUACCUGAUGAUGGAUUAGUGAAUAUGACACAAUUUGAUCCAUUAGCUUCACAAAAUCCAAAGUUUAGAACUCAUCGCCACAAACAUAGGUUUAUGCAAAGAUUGAAACAUAUGAAAACAUGUUUUCAUAUUCGAAGGCAUGUAAAAACGAACGCUGGAGUUAAUACACCACUGCAUAGUGCUUUGAUAAAUGAUUAUCAUGCGCCUAUUCCAUCCUUACCGUCAUCGUGUAGCGUACAUGAUUUUCAUUCUUAUGGCUUUCAUGGAACCGGCAUUUCUCAAGGUCUGCAUUUUCAUUUGGCUGCGUCCAUAAAUGCUGAAACAGAUAUUCCGUUAGUACCUUCUAUGAAAUCAACUUCAGAUCCAACAAACCAAAGUAAUUUUAUUCUGCAUUGGUUAAAUAAUAAAGAAAUGGAUUUUACACUUCAAGCUGAAGCUAUAUUGCAAGAGUUAACAAAAAAAGUAAUUGAUGAAGAAAAUGGAAGCAAUUCCGCACAUAAUUCGUCCGAUCAUAACGAUUCCGGUGCGGAUUAUAAUGCAUCUAAGAAAAAGUAUAUGCGGACAGCGUCUAAGUCAGUGUCUAUAGAUGACAGUAGUUUCGGAGUUGACGAAAGCAAAUUUUCUAAUUGCCAAGUUCCGGUUAGUGGAUUGCAAAAUAUUAACUCUAUGUCAAAUACUACGUCUCUUAAUUCAUUAAAUAAUGAGCACCAUUCAGGCGCCAAUCAAUUGAAUGAUUCUCUGGAUAUUAAGAUAGACUGUCUAUUACGAGAUUGGCAUCAAAGUCCGGAUUUAUUGUUUGCGAUACAUCCGGUAGAUGGCAGUUUUUUAAUUUGGGUAGUCGAGUGGCUGGAUGACUAUUAUCCAGGGUCGUUUCGACAAGCACAGGUUUCAUUUUCAACCAGAAUACCUUCCGCAUUUCCUUUGGGAGAUUCCAUGUCUAUGUCGACAAUGGUCAGCUUGUAUAAUACCGGUACUCAUCCGUUAGCAUUCCGUGAAAUCGCAAAUCAUGUUAAAAGUCGAAAUCUCGAAAAUUCUGAGGAUGACGAAAUGUCUUUGAAAGAAGAAUCAAAUCAAUCUGAAACAAACGACGAAGACGAAGACGCAGAGGCAAAUGAUGAAAACAAAUCAGCUGCUGAACAAGGUAACAAUGAAAACAGCCAAGAUGUUUCCGAUUGCAGUAUUUCAACGUGUAUAUCGCCUACCGUGUCAAUGGUUACAAAACACUCAAACGGUACGCUUAACCUAUGGCAACUAUCGUUUGCAUAUAAGACAAAAUUUACCCAAGUUCUUAGUAUUGGGCACGUAAGUCGAGUAUCAGGCCAUCGGUUUCGAGUAAACGAUAUAACCUGUCAUCCGGUAUUACCACUUCUUGUAUCAACAUCGCAUCAUAAUUUGUCAGAAUCUGAUAAUAAAUUCACGGAGGCAUCGAACAUGAGUGAUAAUGUUUUUGCGACAUCUGGUUUCUGUUCAGAACUAAUUUUAUGGAGAGUUGAUUCAGUUGGCCCAUUAUGCCAUUCGGGAGGUGUGAGCGAACUUGCGCGCAUAAAUUCUCCAGAAAUUUCCGCAUUUAGUAAUGUCGCAUGGAUACCAACCCUACUGCCAAGCACUACUUUAGGCAGCUAUAGCAAUUCUCCGUCGGCCUGUUUCGUUGCUAGUGAUGGAGAAAAUUUGCGGGUGUAUCAAGCUGUAAUUGAUGCUCGAACACUUUUAGCAGAAAUCUCCUCGUCCGAGACAUUGACGAAAUUACAAAAAUCAAAUUCAGCCUCAUCGCUUUAUUCUAAUACAUCUUCGACUGCAAAGGCCCUGAAAUCGUCUCUGCAUGAUAAACUGAAAGUUGUUUCGCAACAAUCGACCGCGCGUCCUGGAUGCAUUAUACAACUUGAUGCCAUAUCAAAUGCUCAACACGAUUGGCAAAACACGCAAUUUUUGCAUGUAUUUCAGGCUCAGUUAAUAACUGGCAGUGUAUCUAAAAAUGAUCCCGACAAAGCUCAAAAGAUUAAUAUGCAACCCGAUCUGGAUGCUAUUGUUGAUCUGCAGCAAAAUGUUGAAUUCGAAGAACCAUUUUAUAUAGUGAUUAUUGAAAAGACUGUCAAAGGGAGCACGAUUCACAUGUGGCAAAUUGUGAUAUCGUCAAAGCAGCAAGCAACCUUUUUAUCGGAGACGGCAAUGUAUGUUCCAGAUAGCCAUUUAACGCAAGAUUUAGAAGAUGCUGAUGCUGGCCCUCGUCGAAUGUCUGAGAUUCAUUCUGAAUUUGAAUCUGCAUACAUUGGUGGCUCCACAGAGGCGCCCCAUAUAUCAAUAGUAACCGAAAAAGUUUGCACGCAGGAACUGCCGUUACCUGAAGGUGUCGACGUAAUUCAUGCUUCGCCUGCAGCUGGCCAUUUAAGUUCAUCAUCUAUAUAUCCAGCAUGUUAUGCUCCUUAUAUUAUAGUUACGGCUUGUACCGAUUCGAUAUCAAGAUUUUGGAAAUGUGAACCCAGUAAACAAAAUCCCGUUUCGGAUCAUCUUAAUGAAUAUAAAUGGACAGAAUGGAAAAUGUUUAGCAGAAAGCAAAAUUCAGCUAUAGAAAUCUCUGGCCAACCAUUAAAUAUAAGCGCCGCUUAUUCAGGUCGUAUAGCGUGUGCGUAUAAAUACGGAAAAAGUUUUACUAGACCAAAUAAAGGCGGGGAUCCCGAAUCACGAUAUAUUAAUUUAUGCGUUGCAAUAUACGAAUGUGAAAGUACAGGAGGAAGUGAAUGGGUCCUGGAGGAUACAAUACAUUUGAAAAAUAUUCAUUUGCCACGUAUAAACAUCGAUCAUGGCAUUGAUAUGAGUUACUUGCAUGAUAAUCGAAUUCUUCAGAAGAAACAGCGAUUGAAUCAAGUUUUGCAAACAUUUACUACGCACGAGGAAGCCAGAAUGCCGCGAAGUGGUGAAUCUUCACCUGAGCAUAAUACUAAAAAUCCGACAGGACUUUUGGCAGUUCCAAGUUUCAGUACCCUACAGUCGUUAAGGAAAAGUAUAGCAGAAAACGGGAAUACUUGUCCCUUAACGCAGAAACACUUGGUACAACUCGACUGGGUUUCUAAAGAAGACGGCUCUCAUAUAUUAACGGUAGCAGUUGGAAGCAAAAUACUAUUAUAUACAGCAGUAUCAUCCGAUAUAGCUCAAGCUAAUAUUAAGGCAAUGAAAGAAUCGCGAUCAAAUAAUCGGCCGAUUUUACGUAAAGCAAGCUCUUUAGCUCAGCCGCAUUUUAAUGAUGAAAUACGUUGGAUGAAAUUACGCCAAAUUGAUCUUCAAACGGCAGAUGGACUGCCGCCGUUACCAAUGCAAAUUUCUUGGGUACGCGAUGGUAUUCUAGUGGUAGCAAUGGACUCAGAAAUGCACGUAUAUUCGCAAUGGAAGCCGCGAUAUCCGCAACAGCAUUGCGUCGAGGAUCUCUUCGAUGGUAGAAAUUUACGUGAUGAAGAUUUAAGAUCGAUUGCCAAUGAAUCAUCGAAAAUUCGAAUGAAGAGCGUGGCUUCGCUGCCUCUUAUGACCAAAGUUAAUACGGCUACUUCGCAAUUGCUUUCAAGCGAGAAGAAGAAGAAAUAUUGCAACUCAUAUACGGGAAAUAUUCAUAGUGGAUCCGAUGGAAUAAACGAUGAUUAUAUGACCGAUUUUGGUCUAUUUCAAGCAUCGCGUAUAGCGUGUCCUGUCUUACCGCAAUAUCAUCCGAAACAACUUAUGGAAUUGUUAAACAGUGGCAAAAUACAAUGGGUUAAAGCUAUUCUGGCACACUUGGUGCGCUGUUUAAGCAGUCCAAGCUUGGGUGGUUUCCAAGAAAGUGACGACUCGACCAUCAGGCAGAGAUCAUGGUCAAGAUCAAGAACGCUAUCUAUUAGUUAUCCUAACGACUCUAAUGUGCAAACUGAACACCGUGGGUCCACGACACAGAUUCCGGAAGAACUUAUGCUGGAUUACGCUGAAAUAACGUCAAUUCCUCCGCUACCUCUUUGGGUCCUAUUGAAUGCUGAUAAGGAAACCUCAACUCAGGGCAAUAAUAAUUCGGAUGACAUAAAAGAUUAUAACGAGUUAUUUGAAAUGAAUGCAAAAGAGGAUAAUUUAGAUGAACUGCUUCAUAAUGAAGGUGAUGUUAAACGUCCUGACAGACGUCAGUCUUUACCAGAGAAGCAAAGUAUUUCACAUUUUGGUCCCCGGCAGGGGCAAACACUUUCAAGACUGCUAACACAUACCCAUUUGCCGGGCUUAUCCUCGCUUGAUCAGAUGCAUCUGCUUGCGUUAGCCGACACAGUUUCAACAUGUAAUACAGACAUUUCCGAAAAGUUUACAUCUGAAGCGGGCAAAGUUUCCGGUAAUAAGGAAUCUACCGGUAAUUCUUUAACGGAUUCCCUAGAUUAUUGCGGUUUACGUUUUCUUUUGGCUAUGAAGCAUUAUACUUAUCUUUUGCGAUGUUUACCGUUAAACCAGAGAUCGAUGUUCCAGAAGCAUGGUAUCGGUACAGCGAAUGUGGUUUGGGCAUUUCAUUCAGAGAGCGAAGAAGAGCUUAUUAAUUUAAUACCGUCUUAUCAGAAGGGUGAUGUUAAAUGGUCAACCCUAAAAGAUCUUGGCGUUGGCUAUUGGCUACGUAACAUUAAUAUGCUGCGCAAAUGCGUGGAAAGACUUGCAAAAAGCGCUUAUCAAAUGAAACAAGAUCCACUUGAUGCAGCUCUUUACUAUUUAGCAAUGAAAAAGAAAUCAAUUGUUUGGGGUCUUUAUCGAUCGAAACGUGACGAGAAAAUGACGCAAUUUUUCGCAAACAAUUUUUCUGAAGAUAGAUGGCGUAAAGCAGCUCUUAAGAAUGCAUUUGUCUUACUUGGCAAGCAACGUUUCGAACAUGCCGUCUCAUUUUUUUUGCUCGCGAACUCUCUUAACGAUGCAAUUGAGGUCUGCAUAAAUAAAUUAGAGGACUUUCAGUUAGCUCUUAUCAUAGCACGUCUCUAUGAGGGCGAUUUAGAUGUAAAUGCAAAUUCAGUAUACAGAAAACUUUUGUGCCAACAUAUCUUGGGCAGUGAGAGCGAACAAAUUAAAUUUGAAAUAAGCAAAGCGCAUCCAGAUCCCUUUUUACGUUCAAUGGCAUAUUGGAUAUUAAAAAAAUAUCAAGAUAGCUUAAACACAUUGCUUUUAAACGGAGUUGGCCAAAAUCAUGUCGCUUACAAGGAAGACGACAUAUUUAAACAGGAAACUCAUGCAACUAAUCCAAAUGUUUUUAACUUCUACAUUUACCUUCGGACACAUCCGCUACUUGUCAGGCAAAGCCUUGCUAUAUCAGCUCAAGAGAAGAAAAUAUCGCAUGUGCUGUCAGGAUUUACUUAUGCUGGCGACGGUGCAGCCUUAAAUGUGAAUGAUAAGCAACUACUAUUAGAAGAUUCAAUUACCUCUAUAGAGAGGCAGCUGUAUUUUACAACUGCACAUGGUCACUUUAAGGCAGGAUGCCCGGCUUUAGCUUUAGAGGUGCUUAAUAAACUGCCUACAAAAAUAUUAGAUCCGAAUGAUAGCAAUCACGAAGAGGCGCGCGAAGAAUAUCAAACUAAGAAUGAACUUAUCAAAACUGGUAUUAUCGAAUGGGAUAUAUCAUCGAGUAAUACGGUAGCUGCCGCCAACUCUGUAGACUUUGAUUGGGGUGCACCUGUAACAUCAAAGAAAAAAGUUGAUGAUGGAUUUAAAAUUGAAUGGGAUUCGGACGGAGCUGACGAUGAAUUUGAUAACGAAGAUAUAGAAAGCAACAAUGUAAAAGACAAUAAUGAUAAAAUGUCAAAGAAACAAAAUGCUAAAAAUACCGAUAAUGGUUUAAAGCAUCAACAAGAUGGUAAAACCAUUAAUAUCGAUAUUAUGGCGCAGCAGCUUAAAUUUGUGGCUUGUCUUAAAAUUUUAAUGGAAGAGCUUUCAACUUUAGCUACAGGUUUUGAAGUAGAUGGUGGCCAUUUGCGUUAUCAACUUUAUAUUUGGCUUGAAAAAGAGGUCGACGCUUUGAAACAUUUAUGCAACUAUUGCUACUCUGAUUCCAAUGCAGAGUAUACCAGCGAUACUCAGGCUAAUAAGGAAAUCGAGAUGUCGAAUUCUGGUUAUGUCAUUUCUGAAAAGCCGACUUUGCAUGAAAUAUUAAUGCAUGAAAAACAGGAUUUUGAAGCAAAAGUGAUGAGGGCAGCUAAACGAAAGAGGUGGCUUAAAGCAAAUGAAACAUUGUUGAGGACAUUGUUAAGUUACUGUUCUUUGCAUGGAGCUAGCGGCGGAGGAUUGGCUUCAGUAAGGAUGGAGCUAGUACUUUUGCUUCAGGAACUGCAACAGGAGAAAACUCAGCAACAAUUGUUAAGUCCUUUACCAUUUCCAACAACAUUGCCUUUGUUAAGCGCAUGUGUAGCGGGAAAUAAGACUGUAAUUGCUGAUCCAAUUAAGUAUUUGCAAUCGCAAACUGUUGACAUGCUACAAAGCAUAAUUAAGUUUUCACCGUUCGCCGAACUAGAGUUUAAUUCAUUUUGCGAAAUAUUUAUCUUGCGAGACUUGGCCGUAGCGCUUUCAUCGUGCAUUUAUCAAUCGCUUUGCGAUUCAGAGAGCUUUGUGGUAAGCAAUGUCUCACAAAGCGGCUUUCAAAGUCCCGGUAUAGAGAAUAUUGCAAAGCUAAAUUCGUCGUUCGAGUGCUCCCAUUUAAUCGGUAACACGAAUAUUUACAAUAGAAGGAGAAUGUUAUUUACCGAAGAACCAACGACAAUUUGUACAUCCCCUUCAAAAUGGCCUGGUGUGGCCAAUUUAAGAGCACUUUUAGCACGAGAAAAGGACGAAGACAUUCCAAAGUUAAAUGUAUUGUUAUUAGAAAGUUUUAUUGCAACAUAUAUAUCGUUAGCUGCGUACGCAUUAAUAACUUGUGAUAGCCGUAUAUUGUAUAGGUUGGUGGCUCAAAACUUUUCGGUCGAAGCUUGGUCCUGUAUUUUUGGUGGCGGGAUGAAAAAAUUGCUAAGAAAUCCUACAUCUGAAAAUAAAGGAGUACCUAUAAAGGAAGCUACUGAAGACACUUCAGAGGAUAAUAAUGUUUGGAAUACUGUCACUUCGAUAACGAAACAACGAGUAAAGCUUAAUAUGAAAAUUCUGGGUAAUUUUGGCAAUAGUACCACUUCAAUCCAUAUGAAGGAAGACAAACCAACAUACCGUGAACAAUUUGUACCGCCAGAGAUGUCUAUGUUAUCCAAUUUUUUAACGAAACCAAAAAAUAUAGAUUAUGAUGAUUAUGAUACCGAUGAUGCUUUCGAGUCUGAGUCAGAGGAUAACGAAGAGGACGAAACUGGAUUCGAUUUAAAUGUAAAGAAAACAGUUCAUAAAGAGAACGUUGAGCAUUCUAAUCCAACGUCAUUUUCAUGGUCUAUACUUCGAUUAGCUUCAAUUAAAAUGUUUGCUAAAAAUGUUCAGGAUUUUAUAAGUGUUUCUGGUAUUGAAAUACAAGAUUUGCCUGUCCUGAGUCCUCUUGCCCACGAAGUUUUACGAACUUUAAACAGAUGGCAGGACAUUGCAUUGAAGGUUUUGACCGCAAAAGGUCCGCCAACCGAAGAUUAUAUUCCAGGUUGCUUUAUUAAUAGCGGUAUUCCUGCUCUAGGCAUUCACAAGUACAGAUCUCUUUUAAAUAAAGACAAUACUCCGUUUAUAACGGGCUCGUCAGCUGGUCCAGUACGUCGCUUAUGGAAUUAUCUUGUUCGCCAAGAAUCUGCACAAGAUGUCUUCGUUAAGGUAAUAUUUGGAAAGAAAACGGACACCAAUUCUAAAAACGAAGAUGCCUACGAUGGAGCAAACACAGAUGAAAAUCAUACAACUAACGAGCAAUGUAAUGAACAUAUUCGUAUAAUUCAUAAGGAUCACGAGUCAAUUUUAGCGUUUUGCUUGAAUAAUAGUGCUUCUACGAAGAUCGCUUUUGCGAAUCCAAGAGAAAUUCAAGAACUCGAUAUAUCACUUCUAUUAGAAUCGCCAAAUUGGUAUGAAGAUGAAUGCGACUACGAUAUGCUUAAUAUAACAAAAGAGAACGAGUCAACGUCAAAUUCAGGAUUUUUAUUAAUACAAAAUGCGGAACAGUCGCAACAUGGAUCAUCCUCACCAACAGAAUCGAAUUUUAAUUACUACAUGAAUUCUAUGCAGUCUGGGCGUGGAACUGACUUUAUUUUAAAGCAUAAAAUUGACAGCGUGAAACGAAUGAGCUCACAUCCUUUAAUGCCUUUGUAUUUAACUGGGGGGCAGGACGGAUCAGUUCAAAUUUGGGAAUGGGGUCACCAACAAGUAGUAUGUUCUCCACGGCCAUCCGGUACUUUCGCGAAAGUAACCAGAUGUAGAUUUUCACAACAAGGUAACAAAUUCGGAAUUGGCGAUGGCGAUGGAAAUUUAAGCUUAUGGCAAGCAGCCAUUGCUUCGCAAAGCAACAGAUCAUUUUUUACCUACCAAUGUCAUAAUAAAACUCUAUCAGACUUUGCUUUUCUGGGCUCGUGCAGUUUGUUAGCUACAGCUGGCCAAAGCUCAGAAAAUAAAAAUAUUGUUAUAUGGGAUACACUAUUACCACAGAAGAAAUCCUGUGUCACAGGCUUCUCGUGUCAUGAACAAGGUGCUGCUUGUUUCGCUUUCGCUCCACAACAUCAGUUGCUAAUAUCUUGCGGAAAAAAGGGCGAUGUGUGUAUACUAGAUAUAAGACAAAGAAUAAUAAAACAUCGCUUCCAGGCCCACGAUAAUGCAAUUAAAUGUAUUGGACUUGAUCCGCAUGAAGAAUUUUUUGCAACAGGAUCCUUGGAAGGUGACAUAAAGAUUUGGAGUUUAAAUCAUUAUUCUUUAAUUACUACGUAUGCUGGAGAACAUGCAAAAAAUAGCUUCUUUAAGCACAUUGGACAAGGAGUUAGUCAAAUACAUAUAGAUUCAUUCGGUCGCUUAUUUUCUUGUGGAUCAGAUGGUUGCUUGAAAGUUCGCCAGCUUUUUGAAAAAGACGCAAUUGUUUCUUCAACGUAUUAGUAAGAGGUUACUUGGUUAUUACAUAAUUUUGAUCGUUAGCUAAUUACGUAUUUAAUUGUAUUAUCUAUAAAUUGUAAAAGCUAUCCUAAAUAAAGGCUUCUGUUAAAACAAA